CCAGCGGCUAGCGUGCUGGUCAUUGGCCAGCUGCAUGGCUCAACCCGGAUUUCAUGUCAGGUGGAGUGUGGACAUGAGUUCAUUUUCCACCGACGCCAGCUGCAGCCACCCUCCCUUUGGAUCGCUGACCAAGCCCAUCUCUCUUCGCACACACUGCAAGACCGUCGCCCGAUACCUGGCAACUGCUUCCUUCUUCUUCGCGAGUCAUCGCUGCUUCGACUCUCGCCCAUAAAGCCACUCUGGUCUUCACACCGCUUUUGGAUCACUGAACCGUUCACGCAAGACGUCAAGAUGCUGUCUUCUUCCCUCUGCAUCUCGGCUGCCAUACUGGCUCUGCUGUGCCUGCAAGUUUCCGCCGGAGGCAUGCGCCAAGACGACCACUGCGAGGCUUACGGACAAGAUAUGCACCGAUGCAAAGCAGAUUACAGCUGCGCGGUGUCUGCUUCCUGUGCACCACGCUUCAACUACUGCAACUACGCGCGGCGGAUGUACUGCGAGCGCGAUCGUCGCUGCGCCUGGCACCCACACAAUGGCUGCCACCCCACGACCGACUCGUGCGCCUCCAUUGAGCGGGAGUACUUUUGCCGCCGCAACCGCCAUUGCAUUUGGAAGGCAGAGUGCCACACACGCCGCAUGUCCACAACGGAAGCCCCCACCACAACAUCGACCAUGAACGCCACCACCACCACUUCCACCACCUCGGACAUGGGCUCCGGCUCUGGCGAGCCAACCAUGAUCUACAGCAGCAGCCACGCUCCGUCCACCACGGCUGCACCUAGCACCACUGCCCGCGGAAACAACACGGACAGCGACCUGGCCAACGCCCCACGCGUCUCCGACUCUGAUGGCAGCGGUGGCAGCGACGGUGCUGCUGGUGCUGCCGGCCUCUCUGUUGGCGCCAUUGCCGGCAUUGUCGUUGGCGUGCUGCUCCUGGUCGGCGUCGUUGUUGGCGUCGCCAUGGCGCGAAAGGCACGCAGCCAGGACGAAGGCGCACAGGACUCUGUCUGAGCGGUCGUUUCCCCCUCUCUCUCACUCCUCCUUUAUCCGUCUCUUCCCCCUCCUUUCCCCCUUCUCCUGGACGCGAACUGUGUUUGGUGUUUGCUUGGCCUGCUGCGGUGCUGGUGACUGCCUGUGAAUGUGUGUGUGUGAAUGUGUGUGAACAGUCUGUUUGUGUGUGAACGUGUGUGUGUCUGUGAACGUGUGUGUGUCUGUGAACGUGUGUGUGUGUGUGUGUGUGUGUGUGUGUGUGCGUGUGUGUGUGUGUGUGUGUGU